UAAUUCCGGUUCUGUAGUUUACAUGAAUAAUUCCACCUUCCUGUAACAUCAAGGUCUUCUGCUUAUUACUUACUGCGGGUAAAUAGAUAUGCGACUGUAACUUUUACUAAUGAAAUGAAAAUGGAAUAAAUUAAUGGCAUUGAGUAUGUUGGCAAUUACUGCAGAAGGAUGGAGGCCGAAUUAACUGAAGUCGACAAGUUAUACUUUCCGCACCAUUUUCAAAAGAGGCUACCGUUCGACAAGGUUCUUGGAGAACAUGUCAGUUUUUUUAAUAAUGAAUCCGAGAAAGUUAAAAAUUCAAUACGAUGUGAAUUUGAUGUGCCCUAUGGUUUCCUGCCACGCGAAAAAUAUGAUAUUAUUGGAAUUGAUCUUCCUGAUGACUCACCAAUACUCAUCCAUGUUCAUGGUGGCUACUGGCAGGUUAAAGAAAUUUCUCAAAGUAACCAGGCGUUUAUGGGCAAAAUCCUACAUAAGCACAACAUCAAAAUCAUAAAUCUUGGUUACGGAUUGUGUCCAGAUAUAAGCCUUAAAGAAAUUCUAAAUGAAAUUGCAGCUGGUAUACAAAGAUGCUUGGAAUAUGCUAAAAGAAACAAAUCCAGGGCCGUUUUCCUUUCGGGACAUUCUGCAGGCGCCCAUAUGAUUGCCUACCUAUUUUCAAAUGUUAUUACUAAUUUACCAACCGAAGAACAAAAUCUUAUCAAAGCAGUUUUCAUAUCUUGCGGCAUCUACGACUUAACGCCUCUAACUAAAACCGUCAUCAACCAAGGUUUAAAAUUAACUGAAGAAACUGCAAAAGAAUUGAGUCCGCAAUAUUUGAAUAUUUCGACCCCUGAACAUAUUAAGUUUUAUGUUAUAGUAGCAGAAUUCGAUUCUCCUAGGUUUAUAGAGCAAGGAAAAAUGUUUUAUGAAAAGCUCAAAGGGAAUAAUAUUGAUGCGGAAUACAAAGUUUUAAAGGCAAUUGAUCAUUUCAAUGCGAUUGAAAACAUUGUUGAUGAAAACUUUCAGGUUACUCGGCUAAUUAUUAAAGUUAUUGAAGAAUCAAAGAAAUGAUUGCACUACUAUAAUAUACUUUUAAUAUCAUGCCAUUUUAAGGUAUAAUUUUGACAAUGGAAGAAUAAGGCCUCAAUACUAAAAUAUCUAAGUUUAUGUAAUACAAAAUUUAUUUAAAUACAAAUAUCAAAUUAUCAAAAACUAUUGUUUUAGUUGGUUAGCUAACAAAGGUAGAAGCUUAAAUACGGAAUAAUCAGGUUGUUCUUUAACUUCAACUUUAAAUUCUUGUAAUGUUUUUAAGUUGUCAAUGUACUAAAAGAAUAAGAUAUUUUUUAUUAAUAAUUAAAUUAUUAAUUACAAAAAUGUAUUGAUUCUUACCUGAUUUAUUAUGCGUAAAUUUUCAUUACACUCAGCAAAUAGGUUCCCUGAUGUCGGAUCGAUCUCAUAUUUAGGUUUUUUAUUCGAGGACAUAAUCUUUUUUUUUUGUUCCAAUAAUUGAACGGAAUUCACUUCUUUUUCAAACUUACUAAAGUUUUCAUUUAUUUCACCAUUUACAGUUUUAGUAAAUUUCAAUGCUGUUUCCAAAUUCUUUUUAUUAUUAUCAAUUUCUAAAUGUAAAUUGUCAGAUUUCAAAUGCAAUUUAUAAAGUUCUUCUAGAAUACUUUCUUGGUCGCUUAUACAUUGGUAUUCUUCGUUUGACAAAGGUUUGAUUGCAAAAUUGGGGAAAAGGUUUAAAUCCCUGUUUUCUAAAAUAUUUAAGUCCUCUAAUGUUAUUGGUUUAACUUCUUCAGUAAGCGCUUCUGACUUUUUCACUUCGUCAAUGAAGUUGAACAUUACAU